GAGAUGCGUGCCAGCGUUGACAACGGAGCCGUGGGCGUUGGCUUCAACGACGUGUUCUGGGAGAGGUUUCUGACCGACUCAGAGGCCGGGGAGCCCAGGCACUGUUCCACAGAAAAGUCUUGAAACGUCUCCAUGUCCUCGGGAAGGGCGUCACUGCUUUUGUACAGUUAGUACGUGUUGCGCUGUCUGUGUGUAGAGAUGAAAUACCAUGACCAUCGUGAUCAAGGUGGCCGGCGACGGCGUGUGUAGUAGCUCGUUGCCAGGAAGUGUGAGCGACGGGAAGACGACGUACUCGCAGAACAAGCUCAUCGAGCAGUAUGGCAAGUGCGGAAACGUCAAGGGCGCCCGCGAUUUGUUUGAUGCCACGGAGCCCAAGGACCGAUUCUCAUGGGCGCUCAUGCUCGCCGCCUACGCACGGAAUGGCUACCUGCGCGACGCCAAACAAAUGCUCCUCCGCGACAUGCCCGUGUGGGACGCGCCCUCUUGGAAUGCGCUGCUCUCCGCCUGCGCUCGCGCCGGCCGCCUCGACGAUGCAGCGGACGCCUUUGCGGCAAUGCCCGCCAGGAAUCUCGUGUCGUGGAAUGCCAUGGUCGCGGCGUGCGUCCACAACGGCCACCCAGCCGCUGCCCGCCACCUCUUCGACUUGAUGCCCGCGCGAGACGCCAUCUCUUGGAACACCAUGCUCUCUGCCUACGCGGACGCCGGCGCCAUUGCGCAUGCCGAGGAGGUCUUCACAGGGAUGCCGCAGAGGUGCCUGGUGUCGUGGAAUGCGCUGCUCCUGGCAUAUGCCCGGGCUGGGCACGUUGCCAGGGCCAAGCAAACCUUGGAGGAGAUGCCGCAGACGAAUGUGGUCACCUGGACGACGCUGCUCGCUCUGGGCGGGAAGGAGGUGUUUGAUCGGAUGCCCGAGAGGAACCUUGUGGCGUGGAACACGCUGCUUGCUGCCUACUCCAAGCAGGGGCUUGUGGAGGAGGCCAAGGAGCUCUUUGAUGGCAUGCCCGAGAGGAGCCUCGUGUCGUGGACGGCGAUGCUAGUGGUGCUUGCAGGGAGCGGCCGCGUGGACGACGCCACGAGGCUGUUCGAUGCGAUGCCGAUGAGAAACUCGGUGUCGUGCACAGCCAUGAUCACCGCUUGCGCCGCCCGCGACCCGGCCCGGGCCAAGGAGGUGUUUGACAGCAUGCCGCAGGCGGAUCUGGUGUCCGCGAAUGCCCUCAUCGCUGCGUUUGCACGGCACGGCAAGGUUGACGAGCCAAAGCAGCUGUUUGACAGCCUCCCGGAGCAGGACGUGUUCUCUUGGAAUGCCCUCUUGGCUGCUUACGCCCACAGCGGGCAUUUGGACGAGGCCAAGAGGCUGUUCGAGAGAAUGCCUGUGCAGGACGUGGUGUCGUCCACGACACUGAUAUCGGGAUAUGCGCGAGGCGGUUUUCUCCGCCAGGCCCAGAGACUCUUUGACAGCGCGCCGGACCGAAGCGUGACGCUGUGGACUUCGGCCAUGGCGGCUUGUGCCCACAGCGGGCAUUUUGGACAGGCGCUUGACCUCUUCCACGCGAUGAACACGGUGGAGGUCCCGGACGCCGCAACCCUUGCUAUGGCCAUCAUUGCCAUAGCGUCCAAGAGCAGCAACAAAGGCAGAUCGUCCCCAAGCUGUUGCUGCUGCCGGCGCUUUGCUUCCAUGGCGCUGGAUUUUGGGGUGGCCGCUACCAAGCACCACUACAGCUGCCUUGUGGGCAUCCUGGCGCGGGCCGGAGACGUGGAGGACGCCCGGGAUCUGGUGGCCAACAUGCCAUUUGAACCGGAUGAGCACGAGUGGACGAGCCUGCUGGUGGCGUGCCGAGGGCAAACGGAGCAUCAAUCACUGGCAGCUCGCGCGGCGAAUCACCUCGUUUCCCUGACGGCCUCGUCCCAAGCAUCUUAUCCCUACCUCCUGUGGAGGAGGAGCGCCCUAACCCUAAUGGGCUCCUAGGGCGGAGGAGGAACAGAUGGAAGCG